CGACGCACAGCUUGGCUGGGCUCUGGGGUCAGAGGUCGAGGGUCAGGGCCCAGGGUCCUGCUCGGAGGUCGUCGGAAACAGACUGAAGAUGGACAGGCCACAGAGUGUAUUCUCCGGUGACGAUGGUGGCACAGGUGCCGUGGUUCUAGAAACGUACGUGGUAGAAUCCACAGAGUCCGCCUCGCAUGUUCAGCUGGCCUGCCGAGAACCAUACUGCGCCUUCCCACUGAACGGACAUGAGCUUUGUGUCUGCAAUGCCAGGAACCCUUCCGACCAGCCUCUGACCCUAAGAGGACACCGUCAGUCCGUAACUGCUGUGGCGUUUGGGCACAAAGCGAGCCCGCUUCUCCUCUGCUCUGCAUCACAGGACCGCGUGCUCGUGUGGGACCUGGACCUCUGCAGGGCGGACGCACUCCAGGGAAUGGCUCCUCGUGGAACGGUCCUGGGCUCGCUCCUGGGGAAGGUGAUCUGCCUGGGGUUCAGUCUGCACGACCAUACUGUCGCCGUGUGCGUGGGGACUAGGAUACUCAUGAUGGACACCAAGAGCCCAUCUGUCCUGGCCGAGCUGCAGGGCCAUCUGGCUCCAGUGACCGCACUGGCUUUCAGUACUUGGCAAGCAGACACCCUCAUUUCCGUGUCUGAGGACAGAAGCUUCAAGGUGUGGGACUGCCGUGUGGGGACCUCAGUAUAUACCUCACCCGUGCUCUCAGCCUACCCUCUCCUCAGCAUUCUCCUCCACAGAGACUCCGAGCAGCUGGUGACCGGCUGUGCCAACGGUCAGCUCUGGGUCUUCAGCCUGGCUGAAAGGCACCCCUAUCGCUGUGUGACGCGUGUGGACCUCAGGAGAAAGGCAGCGAGCUUCUUCGCCAGGAAGGAGCAGCUUGGGCUCUGCAGCAUCUUAGGUGAGAAGAAGAAAGGAGCAAGGGCCGAGGCGGCCCUUCCUGCCCUGCACCUGGAGCGCUGCGACCUGCCCCUCAGUCGGAGGCCAGGGAGGGAGAGUGUCGUGUGCCUGUGGAUCGGGAGCUCCGCUGGCUUGUUCUGCUUCAACUUGGCCAGUUUUGAACUGGAAGCUGCUUUACUGUACGAAGACUUUGCGGACCUCAGCAUCACGGUGGCGGGAUCAUGUGCCAUCAUGACGGAGGCUGUGAAUGGGAAGGUCCUGUGCCUGCUCUCAUCCCUGUUUGGAAAUCAGAUUGCUGUGCUGGAAAUCAACCCUGCCUCCCUGGCGGGCUUCCAGAGGGGUGCUGGUGUGGGGAGGCACUUGUCUGUCCUGGCAAGCUCCUGUGUCUCCCCAACCUCCCCGCUGUGUUGUGGAGCCACUGAGAAGAAACGUCCCAACCCCCCUGGACAGAGGCCAUCAGUCCCUGUGUCCAACCACCCUGCUGCUGCCUGGAGCCGCAUCCAGGACCAGCCCCUCGUCUUCCACACGAAGGUCAGGUCCUCCGGCUAUGGCCAUGGCCCACGCAAGGUCCCGAUGUUCACACCGAAGACGAAUACCAAGGGUGACCGACCUUCACAGCGCAAGAGCGGCCACCAGUGCAAAGACUACCCUGUGGAGAGCCCACUACCAGCCCGCCUCCGCCAGCAGGUGGCUGUGGCCCCGGCCCCCACCUCAGUGUGCUGUCUUCAAUAUUCAGGUGAUGGCUGCCGCCUGGCCUGUGGCUUAGCCAGCCCUUCAUUGCUUGUCUUUGAUGCCAGCCUCUCAGGGACUCCGCUCGCCUUUUCAGGCCACGACGGGCCCGUGAGUGCGGUCAGCUGGAGUCGGAGUGGUGAGUGGCUGCUCUCUACCUCGCAGGACGGCGCCCUGAGGAUGUGGUCAGCUCGCAGCUCAGCACGCAUGGUGCUCUUGGGCAGAGACAUGUUUUCUAAGCCGAUGCAGUUCGCGCAGUUUUACCACAUCGAUGCCUUUGUAUUGCUGUCGUCUGGGCCGGAGUUGUGUCUGCUGCGGUACCACAUUGACACCAGCAAAGAGGAGAUUAAAAGAUAUAAACAGAGGAGCAAGUUCCAGCCAGCUCACAGGCUCUCCACAAGUGGCCAGUCGGACAUCACCAGCUUGUCAGCAGUCAAUGAUUUCUACUCCUACACCGUGCUGACGGCCAGCAGGAACAGAGCCCUGGAAAUGUUUGACCUGAAUGCCGGCCACAGUGCUGCCCUGAUCCCUGAGGCCCACACGAGACCUGUCCAUCAGAUCUGCCAAAACAAAGGCUCAUCCUUUGUGGCCCAGCAACCUGAGGCAUAUAACCUUUUCCUCACUGCCGCUGUGGGCGACGGGGUCAAGCUGUGGGACCUGAGGACCCUGAGGUGUGAGCGGCGCUUUGAGGGCCACACAAACCGCUGCCUCCCAUGUGGGGUUGCACUCAGCGCCUGUGGACGGCACGUGGCCUGUGGUGCGGAGGACAGAUAUGUCUACAUGUAUGAAAUGGGGUCCAGCACCUUCUCCCACAGGCUCGGAGGACACACGGACACAGUCACCCAGGUGGCCUUCAGCCCCUCAUCCCCUCAGCUCGCCACGGCCACGGCGGACGGGAAGCUGCAGUUGUUUGUUCCUGAGUGAAGGAGGAGGCCCGAUCUGUGGGCCGCUGCAGAGCCCGGGGACGGUGGCUCCACGGCCCGGGCUGCUUCUCCGCUUCCUCCUGCUGCAAACACACCUGGCACC